UCAACAUCUGCGCAUGAAGGGGACUGUCUAUGCGCAGGCCAACAACAUGAAGAAGCUGUCCGCCAGGCUCAAGCACGGCUCUCCUCACAUGCCGAUCCCUGGUCAUCCCGAAUUUAUCGAUCCAGUGGAAGCGGAGGUCAAACUGGCCUUCGACGUCGAGAAGAGUAUCGGGAGCAGCUUGCACUUUUCAAGCAGUUCGAGAAGAACCAACACGGCGUUAAAUUUCUUUCCGUUGGACGUCACGUCAUUGCUCUGGUACAACUCCGGAACCGCGACAGCUUUUUUGACAUUCAAAGCAUGCUCCAACCCAUGACCGAGGUGAUUCUGACAUGGCAACCCGAUCAAGAGAAGACCGCCAAGACUGCACUCUGCUUUGUAGUAGAGGACAUGGUCAACGCGGGAUCUGCGGAUCUGGUUCUCGUUGUCAAAUGGAAGAACGUCGGUUACUUUAGGGAGGACUCGGUUCCCUCUACGAAGUAUCAAGAAGCGAAGGAGUAUGACGUGAGACUCAGCGUUGUAGACUCCGGUAUCACCUACCACCGGAGGAUGGAUGCUGUACACCUGGUCUGGGACGUGGAGAGAGGUCAUCGGAUCCUAUGGCCUGUUCUUCUUAAGCAGGACCCGUACUCGCUACCCACGACCAACGCAUUCGAGCUGGCCGGAGUCUCGGAAGAAGAUGCAGCGAAGGCCCUACGCGAAUACACAACGGACUUCACCUCUUACCUCAACAAGGAACAAGAGCAAUUCCUUAAGGGAGUCCUCAUCAUGGUGGCUGCCUUCCUGAUAAUUGAAGCCGCCGGAGGCAUGGGUAAAACACGUAUCGAAAUCAUCCUUUCCCUCAUGUUCGCGUCGGUGGGAGUUGUCACCAUCAUGACGGCGCCAACGAACACUGCGGUUGACCGCAUCUGCGAGGAGUAUGCGGCGAGCUUUCCCAAGAGACCACAGCCAAUCAGCGUGCUCGCCAGUACGACUUACGACGAGGACGAGCUCCUUGGUAAAGUCACAAAGCGCAGAGACGGCAACGCGGCUACCAACGAAGACUCCGACACGGUGAUGGCUAGUCUCAUCGACCAGUUCAAGCGGUCAGACACCAAGACGAGAAGUUUGGUCCCCGACAACGACCUGCUUACGGUCUCAAUUCAUCGCGCGAAGAACGGUCUUGUUCAAGUGUUGGGCCAGUACAACGAUAAGAAUGGCAACCCAUACGGUGAAACUGUUGAUAUGGCUAAGGAGUUUAAGCACUAUCUUGAGCUCGCGCAUAACCCCGAUGAGAAGCCACACGCAGAAUGGGACCCUGAGGACCGUGGCAAGUACCGGCAAUGCCUGAGGGCGGUGCAGGCCGACGUUCUUGCGAACACACCGGUUGUUGUUAGCACAACCGUUAAUGCCGGUAGCUCCAUGAUCCGACAGAACGCCGGAAGGAACUUCAAGGGGCUGAUCCACACGAUCGACGAGGCACCGCGUGAUCGGGAGGCCGACACGUAUAUCCCCUGAUGAAGCUUGAUAAGCCUCUAACCGGUACCUUCCUGUUCGGCGGUGUUCACCCAGGAAGACCCUGUGCAUCUGUCAUCCUCGGCUGGCUUCCCGACUAAAUCCUACAAUGAGUUUAAGUCCCAAGGGAAACUCUCGCUGACCAACCGGCUUGUGAAGGCUGGUUUCCCGACUGUUGAGUUCCUAAUGCAGUAUUGCAUGAACCCAGUCAUCUUCGAGUAUCCCAACAGGAGCUUCUACGGAGGCAAGCUCACCUCACACAACAAGGCUAACUUGCCAUUGGAUGCGAAG